CGUCCUGGGCUGCCCCGUGCUGUACCGCCGCCUCGGUGCGUAUUCCAAAUACGGCGACGCUUGUAUGAGGAUUUUGCGUCUGCGAGAUGGAAAACAUACGAGCCAGAGCGCAAAAGAAAAAAAAAAAAAGCAACGAAAAAGAAAAGAAAAAAAGGAGAGCAAAAAAGCAAAGAGGAGGAGAGAAGACGAGAAGAAGAGAUGAGGAAAAAAAGGUGGACUCUGAAGAAAGGGAAGGUGAGGGAGGAAGGCAAAACGGCCUGGGAUGAGGUGCUGCGACUUGCGGAUUAUAUGGGCAGGGUUCUUUCUGCCCGGCGCAACCUCCGGUUCUCCCAUUCCUCCUUGCUAUAA